AAAUUCUUUGAUUCAUUUGUAUCCUUUCUGUAGCUUAGCUGUCUACGUCUGGGUAAGCGGCGGAAGCUCUCUGCCCUUAGCGCCACUCUAUGUCCAUACCUCACCAUACUGAUAUAUACAUAUAUAAAUAUAUAUGCACGCACAUCUAGGUGAAGGGUGAAAACUAAGAUUUGAUAAUUUCGAAGAAAUUUCUUCUAUCAAUUUCUCCUUUUCGAUCGUAGUCUCUGCAAGUAAAUCGUCUCGGUGUAAUAGCUAUGGCGGGGAAGCUCAUGCGCGCGGUUCAGUACGACAGUUAUGGCGGCGGAGCUGCUGCUUUGAAGGUUUCUUUCUCCGAUCGCCUCUUUACUACUCUCUCUCGUUUUAUUUUUCGGCGCCUUCAGUUGUAUGAUUGUAUGUUUGGAUUUAGAGAAGCUCGAUAUUCCUUGACGAAGGUUUUUUUUUUUUUUUGUGUAAUUUUAUAAUUUUAUUCGCCGUAAUUAAUUUUCGGGUUUGACUUUUCUUUAUUGCUUAUGCUAUCGCGUUUGUUUCAUUUUUUCCUUGAGUUUUUGUGGUUCUGAAUAUCUCUAGAGCGAGUUGUUUGGAUAAGAUCUAACGAAAAUGAUUGAAAUAAAUAUAUAAAUAUAGUUAACUUUUUUUCUGUGGGUUGUCAUGACCAUCUAAGUAUGAGCUAAGCGAUGUGGUUUAUAAUACCUUUUGUCGAUGAGUUCUAUCAAGGGUGUUGUGACAAUUGGUAGCAUAGCCCAGCCCCACGCUCUAGUCCACCUGAGGCGUUAUGGGCCGUCACGAAUUGUUGGCGGUGGUAUGGUAUGAGCCGCCGCCCGCCUGCGGCGGAUUGGAAGCGUGGUGGUUUGUCAUGAUCUAUCCCACAUCUAAAGUGUGUGUGGCGGCGGAUAUCAAUCGCUUGUGGUGUGUGUGUGAGCCACCGCAUGGCGGCGGAUCGAAGUGUGUGUGAGCCGCUGCGGGUGGGUGGUGGAUAUCCCACAUCUAAAACGUGUGAGCUGCCGUGGGCAAUGGAUCGGAAGCGUGGUAGUUUGGAUAUCAGCUGUUGCAAGCGACGGAUUGGAAGCGUGCAAGUUGAACUUCCAGUUCCUACUCCAAGUAAGGGUGAAGUCCUGCUGAAGCUGGAAGCUACAACCUUAAAUCCUGUUGAUUGGAAAGUUCAGAAAGGCUUUCUUCGUCCUUUUAUUCCCAAGAAAUUUCCUUAUAUUCCUGGUACCGAUGUAGCUGGAGAAGUUGUGGAGGUCGGCCCCGGAGUAGAAAACUUCAAACCUGGUGAUAAAGUUAUUGGUGCCUUCAGUCACGGUACAGGAGGUGGUUUGGCAGAAUAUGCAGUGGCUAAGAUAGAUGUAACGUUUCCAAGGCCUCCUGAAGUAUCAGCUGCUGAUGGAGCAAGCUUCCCCAUAGCCGGCUGCACGGCUCACGGGGCCCUCACGUCGGCCGGGCUCAAGUUCGACGGCAGUGGCCCCCAGAAGAACAUCCUCGUCACCGCCGCCUCCGGCGGUGUCGGCCACUUCGCCGUCCAGCUCGCGAAGCUGGGGAACGCGCACGUCACCGCCACUUGCGGGGCCCGCAACAUCGACCUCGUGAGGAGCCUCGGGGCAGACGAGGUGCUCGACUACAAGACCCCGGAGGGCGCGGCCCUCAAGAGCCCGUCGGGCAAGAAGUACGACGCGGUGAUCCAGUGCGCGUCGUCCAUCCCGUGGUCGGUGUUCGAGCCGAACCUGAGCCCCAGCGGGAAGGUGAUCGAGCUCACGCCUGGGGUGAGCCACAUGUGGACUUUCGCCGUGAAGAAGCUCACGUUCUCCAAGAAGCAACUGGUGCCGUUCGUCAACUCUGUCAAGGCGGAGAAUGUGCAGUUCCUCGCUGAGCUGGUGAAGCAGGGGAAGCUGAAGACGGUGAUCGACUGCAAGUACCCGUUGAGCGAAGCCGCAGCCGCCUGGGCGAAGAGCAUCGACGGCCAUGCUACCGGAAAGAUCGUCGUUGAGCAGUAGAUGGAGGUGAUCCUCAUUGUUGUGACUAAGGUAAUGAGAAAACGAUGUCUUGCUUGUCGAAUGUGUUGUGUGUUAUAGUGAUGUCGUUGUGUACACACAUGUAUUGCUAUUACCAAUAAAUUACUCUUUUUAAGUUAAAGAAAUGUUUUUGCAAUUUUUCUUUGAAACCAAGUGUUUAGUUAGUUGAUUGAGUAUAAUAAUACCUUCAAAUUUAAUUGGAAUUAGAUUGCCACUCUAAAUGCUUGCUAACUCCAAAUGCUUCGGAAAUUUAUACCAUGAGCUAAUUAUAUUUA